UGUGUUUGUUUGACUACUUUACAGCAACUCAACAUGUUUUAUAUACUAGACACAAUUCGGAUUAAGCUGGGUCUGAUGUUGCUACUAGUGAACUUGUUGGUCGGCGCGCAAGCAUUUAUCACCAACAACAACGACGAGUACCAAGUAUGGCUGACGACAGGCGACGGCUCUAAAAAACUUCGAAGAGAAGCGCCCUGUCUCCGGACGCCCAACGGCCACGGGCACAGCGUCUGGGUGGAUCGAACAAAGCGUCGGCAAACCAUGGAAGGCUUUGGCGCAUCUCUAACUAACGCGGCCGCCUAUGUAAUCUUUCAUAGUUCGAAUCGACAUUUGAUAAUGAGGGAUCUUUUUGGAAAUAGCUUGGACGAUCUCGGAGUAAGCUUUCUGCGACUAGUGAUGGGGGCAUCAGAUUUCCAAGGGGUCAAUCCAUACACUUACGACGAUCUGCCAAACAACCACAACACAGACUUUGACUUGAACCACUUCAGCAUAGACAAAGAUCGCGCCUUUGUGUUACCCAUUGUAAAAGAGGCUAGAUCUAUCAAUCCAAAUCUACGUAUUCUCGCUACGCCUUGGACGGCGCCCGCAUGGAUGAAAACCUCCCAUAAUAUGUUUGGUGGUGAAUUGAACGGCGGCGGGCAAUACCUAGAAGCAUAUGCCAAAUAUUUCGUCAGAUUUAUCCAAGCGUACCAAGCUGAGGGUAUACACAUCGACUACCUUAGCAUUCAAAACGAACCCCUGCUGUCUAGAAACGAUUACCCAACUAUGGUUAUCAACGUUGACCUCAUGAAGACUUUCAUACGGGAUCACGUAGGACCUCAGUUUCGGAAAGGCAAUAUCAAUACCAAGCUGAUAGUUUAUGAUCAUAACUGGUCUGACAGUUGGUAUCCCGAACAGCUUCUCAGCGAUAGCAGUGUGAAACAAUAUGUAUCUGGUGUGGCAUGGCAUGGCUAUGACGGUAACCAUGAUGUUCCAGGAGGCUUCCACAACAAACACCCAGACGUCGGAAUGUUUUUCACGGAGAUAUCGGGUGGAGGAUGGGACACCAAUUUUGCCAGCACUCUGACAUGGGAUUCCAGAAUCAUUUUUAUUGGUCAGACACUGAACUGGGCAAAGGCUGUUGGCCUCUGGAAUCUUGCUCUGGACGAAAACCACGGGCCGAGGGUUGGAGUUGGCGGAUGUAAUGAUUGUCGGGGUGUAAUCACAGUUAGUAACGGGUGGUAUACUAAGAACGUUGAAUAUUACGCUAUGGGUCAUCUCAGUCGUUUCGUUCGCCCCGGAGCCGUACGCCUUCAGACCAACACCUUUGGCUGGGAUGAGUUGCGAUCGGUCGCCUUCGUAAAUACGGACGGUUCAACGGUGAUCGUUGUGCAGAACCCUAGCACAUCCAAUUCAGCAAGCUUUUCGCUAGACUUGGAUGCGAAGCAUUACCAGUAUGAUAACCUCCCUCCACAGUCCGUAGUUACAUUUGUUAAAUAGAAACAUAUUCCAUAUGUUUAUACAUAUUCCAUAUGUUUAUGCAUGUGAAAAUGAGAAAAAAAAAGUUAUAAAUGUUUCUUAAAUGUUGAGGGUAUUUAUUUUGGAAAACCGGCAUACUAUAGGCACUAACUGAA